GCCAUCACCCUAAAAGACCAAGUGAAUGGGACAGUGAAGCGUGUCGGUAUCGUGUGAACUUUAGACCCAGAUAUGUCACCAGGUACAAGACAGUGACGCAGUUGGAAUGGAGGUGCUGCCCUGGCUUCAGAGGGGGAGAUUGCCAAGAAGGUCCCAGAGACCCCGGGAAAACUCCCAAUCCCACCCCUGCGCGGCCUCGAAACAACAUGAAGAAAGCCACAGACAAUGAACCAAGCCAAGUGUCAGAGCCCAGGAAGCUGUCAUCACCAGCUCAUGCAGAGCCAAAUCGGACAGUAGAUCCAGAGCUGGGUCCCCAAGAUCUUCAGGAAAAGAAAAUCCAGGUACUUGAGGAGAAGGUUCUCCGACUUACACGGACAGUUCUUGAUCUCCAGUCUUCCAUUGCUGGAGUGAACGAAAACCUCAAACAUGCCAUUCAGGACGAUGCCAGCAAAAUGGCAUCGUGGUUCAGUAACCUGCACCCCCAGCCAGUGCCAGACAGUGUGGUUGCGGGAGACACAGAAAGAGUUCCACUUUCUGGUGUCCUCGACAAUAAGGAAGCUGGCAUGAAGGACAUCAAGUCAGAAUUGGCUGAAGUCAAGGAUGCUCUGAAGACUAAGAGUGACAAGCUGGAAGAGCUGGAUGGGAAAGUGAAAGGUUACGAGGGGCAGCUCAGACAGCUCCAGGAGGCUGCUCAGGGUCCUACAGUGACCAUGACAACCAGCGAGCUCCACCAGGCUUAUGUGGACAGCAAGAUUGACGCCCUGAGAGAAGAGCUCAUGGAGGGGAUGGACAGAAAGCUAGCUGACCUGAAGAACAUGUGUGAGUACAAGAUGAUUGGUCUCCAGCAGCAGUGCGAUGACUAUGGGAGCAGCUACCUGGGAGUUAUUGAGCUUAUAGGAGAGAAGGAAACAAACCUGAGAAAAGAAAUUGAUAAACUUCGAGCCCAAGUUCAGGAUCCUUCAGCUCAGUCUGAUUGCUGUGGUGGCGAGAAGAGUGGUGGUGAUUUGGCGCAACAAAUCAAGCAAUUAGACCAGAAAAUUGAAAGAGUCGCUGAGGCUGCCAGAAUGUUAAAUGGUCGACUGGACAAUGAGUUUGACCGCCUUGCAGUUCCAGAGUCAGAUGUGGACUUUGAUGCAAGAUGGAGUGAGCUGGAUGCAAGGAUCAACGUGACAGAGAGGAAUGCAGAAGAGCACUGCUUUUACAUUGAAGAGACCCUGCGAGGGACCAUUAAUGGAGAGGUUGAUGACUUGAAGCAACUCCUGAAUCAGAAAAUACAGUCCCUGGAAGAGCGUCUGGGGAGCGUGCUGGAGCUGGCUAACAACACUGAUGCGGAAUUCACUUUCCCGGCGUCAGCCCCAUCGGGUCCAUUGGGGGCAGGAAAUGAACAAGUCAUGAUGGAAUUAAACCACUUGAAGAACAAAGUACAAGUUGUUGAGGAUUUUUGCUUGCAAAAUUUCCAGGGAGAACCUCAUGGGCUAGAAGGUACUUGGCCAAAUGGUGAAGACCACACAGUGGGUGAUAGCUUGGACCUUUUGAAAUCUCUAAAUGAUUCUAUGUAUAGGAAGUUUCAAGAAAUCGAACAGCGUAUCCAGAAAGUUCAAGAGGAUUUUAGUUUUCUUUAUUCUCAACUAAACCACACUGAAGAUAAUGUGAGUCAUCUCCAGAGUGAGCUGAUCAACUGUAGAGAAGGUAAAACUGCUGGAGAGGGUGGGUUUUCUAUGGAGGAUGAGCAGGAAAGGACAGUGACGCCCCUCCCUCCUCCCCAGGACCCUGUGGCUCCAUGCUGUGACCAGCUGGAGGAGAGGUGGCGGAGGCUGGAGGGCCAGGUCCUCUCUGAGCUUAACACAUGCAAGGAAGAUGCACGCGGGGCCCAGAGGGACAUCUCCGUGGUGGAGGGCAGGCUGGCCCACGUGGAGCAAACUUGCAGCAAAUUGGACUCCAUCUCUGGAAACCUUCAGCGGAUCAAGGAAGGACUCAACAAACACGUCAGCAGCCUGUGGACCUGUGUCAGGCAGAUGAAUGGGACAAUGAGGGCCCAUUCCAGAGAUAUUUCUGGCCUGAAGAAUUCAGUCCAGCAGUUCUAUAGUCACGUUUUCCAGAUUUCUACCGAUUUGCAAGAUCUGGUCAGAUUUCAACCAUCAGCAACCGAGGAGCCCUCAGAAGCACCGGAGUCACCGCCCCAAGGGAAGGAGUCCGAAAGUCCUCCACAACCAGUGUUGCCAGAGGCCCCUACUGAGCCAUCUCGGCCCAAGAUGACCCCGCUACCGAGCAGUCCUCUGCUUCCCAAGGACCAAGGACAGCCCAAGCGACCGCUGCAGCCGCCGCUGCCAGCACGACCAGGCUGGGCUGGGCUGCCCUUCCUGCCGGGCUCCACCGGGGUCAUUAUGGAGACUGGAGAAGCCGGUCCUCCAGGGAGGAUGGGCAUGUCGGGAAGAGGCCUGCCCCAGGGGGUGGAUGGCCAGACAGGGCAGGGGCCCAUCCCCAGCGCCGAGGGCUACGCUGGAGCACCAGGAUACCCCAAGUCGCCUCCUGCGGCCUCCCCAGGGCUUCCGGUGCCUUCUGUGGUGUCUUUCUCUGCGGGGCUGACCCAGAAGCCUUUUCCCAGUGAGGCGGGAGUCGUCCUCUUUAACAAAGUGCUGGUCAACGAUGGGAACGUGUACAACCCUGAUACUGGCAUCUUCACGGCUCCCUUUGAUGGGCGCUACCUGAUCACAGCAACCCUCACUCCGGAGAGGGACACGUAUGUGGAAGCUGUUCUGUCGGUGUCCAACGCCAGUGUGGCCCAGUUGCACACUGCCGGCUACAAGAGAGAAUUUCUGGAAUACCACCGGCCCCAAGGAGCUUCGCACCCAUGUGGUGGCCCGGGAGCCUUCCACCUGAUUGUGCACUUGAAGGCGGGAGACAGUGUCAACAUCGUGGUGACUGGGGGCAGGCUGGCUCACACGGACUUUGAUGAGAUGUACUCCACAUUCAGCGGGGUUUUCUUAUAUCCUUCCCUUCCCCACCUCUAGGGCAGUGGUGGAGAGCAGUGAGAACUCAAAGCUUUAAUAUAUUCAGUUUACGUAAGUUACCGGAGCAGUGUCUCGUUUCUGCAGACCUCCCGCCCCAGCUCCCAGAUAGAGGCUUGUUUGGUUGCUGGGGCCAGCACACCCUUAGUCUCCUCGGAGUGAAGCGAAGCACAUGGCCACUGAUGCCGUCACUCGGACUGGGGAACAGGAAAGACCCCGGCCUGGUAGAGACCCCCACCCACCCUGGGCGUCUGCUUGAGUUCUGCUCCGAGUCCUGGGCGGGGCCAUAGGGUGCUGACUGUAGAGGUCCAU